CGACUGCGUAGAUCAAAAGUUAUCUUGAAAAAUCUUUCUUAUUUUCAAGUUUGAAUUUAGAGWAAACGAGAACCACAAGAAAUUGAUAAUGGCUGCUAUUCGUCGUCUUGGAGCGCAAACCCUUCCAUUUGAGAAGGAAAACGAAAAUGUACGAGCUAUGAAAGCUGGUGUAGGCAAAGUUACUCGGCCUCGUGUAGCUUUGGGAGACCACACGAACAAGAAUCUGAAUGUCCUUGAAGCAAAGACUUUUGGAGAUGCUAAGAAAAAUCUUACAAGAGCAAAAGCUUCAACUCUUCUGGCUACAAAGACUCCUGCUUUGGAUAUGGUCGAAGUUAGCGAAGCCCUUGCCGAGUGUGCAGUCCCAAACAGCGUCAAAGACAUUGACAAGGAAGACUACCACAAUCCACAGCUAUGUGCUGAAUAUGUUAACGAUAUUAUGAGGUAUCUGCGAGCAAUGGAGCGCAAAUACAGCGUAUCACAAGAUUAUAUGAACAAUCAACAUGAGAUAAAUGCCAAGAUGCGUGUCAUUCUUAUUGACUGGCUCGUUCAAGUACAUACAAGAUUCCAGCUCCUCCAAGAGACUCUCUACAUGACCAUAUCUAUUAUUGAUAGAUACCUUGCCUGUAAUGAAGUCUCUAAGCAAAAGCUUCAGUUGGUUGGAGUGAGUGCAAUGUUGUUGGCAUCAAAGUAUGAAGAAAUGUAUGCACCAGAGAUUAAUGACUUUGUGUACAUCACAGACCAUGCUUACACCAAACGMCAGAUUAGACAAAUGGAGGCACAAAUCUUUAAAACUUUGGAUUUCAGCCUUGGAAAGCCCCUCUCUCUUCACUUUCUACGAAGAAACUCCAAAGCUGGUGAGGUUGAUGCUGAGAAACAUACCAUGGCUAAGUAUYUAAUGGAGGUCACCUUGCCAGACUACACAAGUGUCAAAUUCUUACCAUCAGAAAUUGCUGCUGCAGCUCUAUGUCUAGCACUGAAACUCAUAGAUAAAUCUUCUUGGACUCCUACAUUGGAAUAUUACAGUACAUACACAGAGGGACAACUUAAACCWUGUAUGAAAAGGAUUGCACAAUUGGUUGUAACAAAAGGGAAAGACAAAGCUGUCCAUACUAAAUAUGCACAAAGCAAAUUCAUGAGAAUCAGUACCUAUCAAUGCUUAAAGUCUUCUAUGAUUGAGGACAUUGCCAAGGGUGACUAAAGUUUACCUUUUCAAUUUUAUCAAAUUUAAUUAUAUUUACUAUAGUCAAUCUUGUUGAAUAACCCAGUUUGUAAAUAAGUUAUGCUGUACGUUAGAAAUGUGAAUAUUUCUGUGUCUUGCUUUCUAUUUUUUGUGCUAAUUUUGAUUGAUGUAUAAUGCAUUUCAUGUCCUGAAUUUUUUUAACAGUGUAUAAUUGACAACAUCAAUAUAAUUUGGUAUUGAAGAACUGAUAUUGAAAAGGCAUAAUAUUUUAGCAAUAUUACCACAAUACUGUGYACAUUAUUUUCAUGUGAAUGCAUGUACACUCCAAAUUCUGAAGUUUUUUGUUGUAAUGGAAUCUGCCUUUUUUUGAUCCACUGUCAAGUAAUAAUGCCUUACAGUCUAGAAUUUCUCUCAUUUGAGGUCUUGAACAGACUUUAUUUUGUUAGAAUUUGGAGUUUUCACACUAAAUGAUGGUGUAAAACAGUAGAGGGCAAAUAUACACAGAAACUGAUAACAAACUAACAUAUGUUCCUUUUGCAGUGCUAUUACACUAGUCACUGGUAAACUGCACUUGAAUAUUUAGUUUUGUGGACAUAGUGUAGGCACUAUUAAAAGGGUGGUUUUCAUUAGAUGAAUAAUGUGUGAUAUAAGGGAAAGAAAAAUGUGUGGGUAAUGAAGUACCUGCUCAAGUGUAUUUCAUGAGUUUAUGAAAACCACUUUAAUGGUAGUAUUAAAGAAUCAUUUCCAUUCAUUUAGUGUGAGCACUCCAAAAACAUUUUCAUUAUUUGUCAAAUAGAAUAUUUGCUUAUCAUGUAAACUUUUAUUUAAGUGAGGAAAUUAAAGGGGGUCGAGAAAAGCAUGAUUAAUGUAAAUGGAAGGGACUUUGUGAAAGUGCCACUUUUACUCCUUCAUGGUUGGUUUUUUGACGAGAGUUUAAUUUCCUCACUCAUUGACAUGUUUUAAAUAUUUUUAUCUUUAAUUAUAAAUUAAUGUGUAAAUAGAUCRAUGUAAUUAUUAUUCAGAGUAAAUUCUAUGAUAUUAA